AUGAGACACAAGAGGAAUGUUAGUUCGGUCUUCACAAUGAAAAAUGGGCAACAGGUUCUAAGACUAGCUGCCUUGCAGAAUUUAGAAACUUCCGUAAUAUCAAAUUUUCCUUUCUUUUACUAAGGUAGUAUAGACACUAUUGUUCCAUAGGCUUUUGUGCCUAUGAAGCAGACCGCAGGAAGGAAUGGAGAGAAGUCAGCUGAAACACCCGUAGUUUUGCACGUUAGGUAGGAUGUCCAUAAUAUCGUGUUUCUUCUAAGCAUGAAUGAAAUGUUAUUCUGUAGCUCAUAAGAACUAUGAUUACAGCCAGAUGUGCUAUUCCUUUGAAGGCAGUUGAAUUUAUACAGAAGAUUAUACUCUGUGUCUCUUCCAGAGGUACCGCUUCUACUUGACAGGAAUGUGGAAGGCAGGCUGCAAAGAAGUUGCUAAAUAUACAUACUCAGCACUUGAAGAAAUUCUCAGGGAACCUCAAAUCCCAGCUGAUUCCAAGAAAGCCAAGGGACUAGGGAUCUGUCAGCCUCUUCCUGUUCCUCAGAGCAAUUGGUGUCAAGGCAUGCCCGCUGGUGCGACGGAUUACUGGUAGGGAAAUGCCCAAUCAGUGGAAGUUCUCUGCAGCAUGCUGAGGAGACGUAACCUUCUCACCACACUUCUAAUUGCUUUGCCAUGGGGUCUUCUACUAACUUUGUGGCAUCAGUAUCCAACCACCCGCUAUCUGAGCCUUCUAAGAAAGGAAACAGAUGAAAAUGGCACAGCUAAGUCACUCUUCAAUGGGACAUCUCUAGUGAGGGAGGAUGGGCUUGCAUCAUGCACUCGGCAGCCAGCCAUUGGGACAGCUCCCAAAAUAAUCCGGAAUUAUGUGUACUCCAGGCCUCCUCCAUGGUCAGACACAUUGCCUGCCAUAUUUGUGAUCACACCUACCUACACUCGACCAGUACAGAAGGCUGAGCUGACCCGACUGGCGAAUACUUUCCUUCAUGUACAGAACCUCCACUGGGUAGUGGUGGAAGACUCUCCUAGAAGAACCAUCCUGGUGUCCAAUCUACUGGAGAAAGCAGGGAUUCAUUUUACUCACCUGAAUAUCGAGACUCCUAAGAGUCUGAAAGUAGGUUUGUCCUGGAUUCCAUCUCACACCCCCAGGGGCACAUUCCAGAGGAACCUGGGACUGCAUUGGCUUAGGGAAAGCUUUAGCACCACACCAGUACCUGAAGGUGUAGUAUACUUUGCAGAUGAUGAUAACACCUAUAGCCUGGAGCUAUUUGAAGAGCAGAUGCGCUACACAAAGAAGGUAUCUGUCUGGCCAGUUGCUUUUGUUGGUGGUCUCCGGUAUGAAUCCCCCAAAGUGAGUCCAGCAGGCAAAGUUGUAGGUUGGAAGACUGUGUUUGAUCCCAACCGGCCUUUUGCCAUCGACAUGGCUGGCUUUGCCAUCAGCAUAAAACUGAUUUUGGAGAAACCACAGGCCAGUUUCAAGUUGGAUGGAGUGAAAGGAGGCUACCAAGAAACUAGUUUAUUAAAGGAUCUGGUGACAAUGGAUGGACUGGAGCCUAAAGCUGCCAACUGCACAAAGGUUUUGGUCUGGCACACAAGGACUGAAAGGCCAACACUAGUUAAUGAAGGCAAACGUGGAUUCACAGACCUAAGGGUAGAAGUGUAGAUAACUUGUUUUUUUGCUAUAGCAACUUCUUGCACACCUGUCUAUGAUCAGCAGAGUACUGAUGCAACAAUCAAGAAUAACAUCCACAUCUGCAUUGCAUUUACCAACUUCUAAAUUCUCUAAAAUUAGGGAAUAAAGAAACAAAGUCAAUGUCAUAUUCAAGGCCAUUUGUUCUAUAUUCUAGUCAUUCACGACACAACUAAGAGGACCUGUUUCUUCAUUGUUAUCUCUGUGUUGGAAGACAUUUUUCAAGUAGAGAAGCAUUUCUGUAAGCAUCCCAUUUCGGAUACUAUUAAGAAAAGCCUAGUUGGAGUAAGGGGCAAAAUUUAUAUUUGCUAAUCCACACAUUUGAAGCUUUGUUUUGCAAUAUGUAUUGCAAAGACAUCAGCUUUUGCAAAUCUACUCCAAAGAAUGGCAAUUCAAAAUGAACUAGUUCCUGAGUCCCCCCAGGGAAAAGGGCGGCAUACAAAUAAAGGGGAAAAAAAUGGAAAAAAAAUGCCUACUACCAAUGAAAUAUUUCACAUUAUUGCAAGAAAGAGAGAGCCAUUCUCAGAAUUACUUAAAGCCUCUUUUAGACUUAGGAGUUCUUGUUUGAAAGAUAAUGAGUGAGCAAUUCUUGCUUGGAAGAUCAGGAAGAUGUCUAUUGGAGAAUGAGAUAUGCAUCAGUUACCUUUUUCAUAUCCAAACCAAGAUCAACUAGUUCCUCUUGAAUCUGAAUGAUAAACUGAAAAAGCAAGUUUGAGAACUUCAGCAUCAGCAACUCAACAUCAUGUCCUGUGGCUAUGUAGAUAAAUCAUUGUCAUGAGAAAUAGAGACAAUAAGAAGCACUCAACUACUUAGUUCUCACUUUGUGAGCAGUAUAUCAGACAGAACUAGUUAUGAUUUUAUUUUUGGAACUAGGAAAUGUCACAUUAGUAUUCAUUUGGUCCAAUCUAGAAAGAUUUUUCUUUAGUCUUUGUAGCUUUGUAAAUAUCUAGCAUAUUCUUAAACUGUCAAUGCAGCUGCAUGAUGAAUUUCAACUCUAUGUGGAAUAAUACAGACUCCAAUCAAGCCAUGCUUGGAGUGAAUAGACAAUGUUUACUUAUACUGAGCCAUGGACUCCUUGCUUAAUAGAUGUGAUUAAAGCAAAAAUUUAAAAAAAAGUAAUACUAAAAAGCGAACAUUCACAAAAAGUAGGAAAAGCCACUAUCCCUAUCCCUAAUUUUUGAUUACAAAUAUAUUCAUCAAUGGUGAGCAUCAGUUGCAAACAAAACUACUUAUUAGCAAUCAACAAUCAUAUCUGUAGAUAACACAGUGUUGAUAGGUCAUCAGCAAAUGUGAAUUCAAAUGGGAAAGUGGGUGGGGAGAUAUAUGGGCCAAAAAUGUAAUGGCUGGUAAAAGCACAAAAAAAAUUUUUUUUUAUUAAGGUGCGCUAUGCUCACCUAAAAAAACCAUACUUUUGAUGUUUUGUGAUGUGUUAAGUUCUUGCAACUGAAGAAACUGAAGGAGAACAUUUUCUAGCAACUGAGCCAAUUCUGAGUAUGAUUCUGAGAUAUGUCAGAACGUGUCUUUAUUUCUUGACUUAUUUAUAACAUAGGUCUUUUCUGACUACUGUAUUUCAUUUGUAUUAACCUGGAUUGUCUGCUAUUUUUAUGGAGAAUAUUUAUAUUUCUCUUCCACCCUGUAUUCAUUUGAAACUCAACAGGGAAUUACAAUUUUUCUACUCAAUGCUGAAAUGUCAGGAAAUGACUGGUGUCUUAAAUUAGAAUAAUAAUUAGAAGCAUAAUAAUGUGAAAAGUAUAUAAUUUAAAGGAAAAACAGUAUGUGGGAGUUAAAGUUGACAAAAACAGUUUGUCAAGCCUUUCAAUUCUCUUAUCAUCUACUUCUUUGAGGGAAACUAAGGGUGUCAUCUCAUAAUAGAAUUCAGUGGCCAGUAGAAUCCUCAUAAAAAAUAGUAGAGGACUAAUUAUUAGAUUCCACCUAUUUAUGUUGGUGUUAAGAAAAAGAAGUAAAGUAAAAAAAUAAAUACGGCCAAAAAAAGAAUUUAUUGGCCAUUAUAUUCUUCUGGGGUGUUUUGUUUUUUAUUUCUACUUAGCAUAAGAGACCUUUAUUUAUUACUUAAUAAAAAUUAAUGACAUGUCAGAUUUUCCUGAAGCAAUAUAACCACACACAAGAUAUAAACUCCCAAAGAGAGGAGGAUCUUUUAGCACCAAAUUGAA